CGUCUGUGAAGGUGAUCCUCCAGCUGCAGGUUAUGGUGGAUACACUCUGGUCGAGGAUCUGGCUCACCAGAGAAGAAGCCAUUUCGACAUCGAGGCACGCUCUGCUUCACGGGUAAGUGUCUCUCAGAAGCUCUUACAGUCCAGACAGGACAUACACGGCAACCAAAACGGUAGUUGCAUGAUGUUAUUCUUCCUGACUGCUCACUGAUGUCUCUCAUUCGCUGCCUCCUCUUGUCCACCUCUAUUCUCGGUGUCAGUCAUAGCAUGCUGCUGUGGUCCUUCAGAUCCACGCUGACGAUGCACAGCAUGCAUCGUCCUGUAUUCCCGUCUCUGACAUUGCGAAUCCGCAUCAGGCACGCGUGCAGACCAAACGCGUGCAGACCAAACGCGUGCAGACCAAACGCGUGCAGACCAAACGCGUGCAGACCAAACGCGUGCAGACCAAACCCGGCAUCCCACCAAAGAGGGUAUAGCAGCAGCACGUCGAGAAAAGCAAACACGCGCACAACUCACCCACCACACGCUCGAUCGACGCCUCUCUCCUCAUCUCCAUCAUCUUGCGAUUCGGAGCUUACCGCUGUAGGGCACUACAUCAUCUGCCUUACAAGACGUGACAGCACACUAGCAGUUAGCACCAUCAGUCGUAUUAUCGCAUCCGCGCACUGCAUAUCGCGCGAGUUCAUCUGGUAUUGUGAAAAGUAUGCACGCACGGAUAUAUUAGCACUGCUUAAACUUCACAGAGCGUCUGAGUGCAACGAAUGAAGGCGUGUAUUAAGUAUAGUCAUGAAGGCUGCAACGACGCGGUUUACAGCGGCGAUGUGUGCAAGCGCCACGAUCGAGCAGUCACAAUUCUGCGUCCCAAGCUAGAUGGAGAUACAAGACGAUUGCGGCGGGAGGCCUGAGCGAAAAAGACCGGGCUGAGUGGUGGGGGAUGUUG